AGCGGUAUCCACCCCACCGCUGGUUUCACCGGCCCUCUUCUCUCCCUGGCACUGGCAUCUUUAGUGUGGGCACCCGGCUGUGACAGCUUGCGGCUUCACAGCCAGGUGCCCACUGCGCAUGCGCAAGAAGUGCUGCGCUUUGUGAAUGGUCCCGUAGUCUUCGGGGACCUGUCACGUGUCCCAGAAGACUAUGGGGAGGGAGGGGGGGGGGACAACUUCCACUUCAGAUCGCCUAGGAAGAUUGGAACCUUUGGGGAGCGGGUACCCGAAUUUGACAGACACCAGUUCCCA